AUGUUUCGAUCCCGUAAGAAGAAGGAUGCCAAGGACGCAGCAGAAGGAGUAGGUCGAGGGUCCAGCGAUACCGAGCACACAUUGGCUGUCAAACCAUCAAAAACUUUUAGACUUGGGAAGAAGAAGGAAGAACCGGAACCAAAGUUGGAAUUGGACCUUGAGAAUGCUUUGCCAUCGUCGGACGACUUUCGAACAAGUCUGUUGAUGAAUGGAUUAUCGGCUCGCUUUUCCAUGUUACGAGAACAAGACGACCCAACUUCAAAAAUCGGUAAAGCCAGUGAUGACAGUGUGUUAUUUCCCAAGCGAGCUUCGAAACUGAUUGACUUCGGAUUUCAAGGACACGGUCUUUCUGAUAUCGCAGAGGUUUCCUCAAUACAUGGAUCCGUUCGACCACCAUUUUCCUUUUCUAGGGCCGAUUCGGUCGCAGAUGGCUAUGGUACGGAUGAUGAAUCCUUACACACUGGUAGCAUUAUGAGUCGACCAAAGCCAGGCGAGGGCAAUGUACUCUUCGGUGGUCGUCAAAAGAUUUAUAAAAUUCCAUCAGGAUCGAAGAGUUCCGCCGAUGGGGUUGGCCUCGGGGGUCGCGUAUUGUAUGAAAGCGACGUUAGUCAAUCAGCUUUCCAGAAAUUGAGGGAAAAGGAAAGAGAACAACAAUGGGAGGAGCGAAACGACGAUGAGGAUAACGCAGAUGUAUCCACAACAGAGCACUCGAGAGCAGGCUCACCACCACUUGUCGGAUACAAUCGUAAUAGAGAGACAUCAUCUACCACUUCUUCUGGGCCGGUGAACACAAGGAUUUCUACAGCAGCAACAUCUGUUACUUCACAGCGUACACCAUCUUUGAGUGGAUCUCACACACCAGUUUCAGCCGGAGGCUCUGUAACAAAUUCUGGAAUGGAAAGGUCGGCAACCAAAAUGCGCAGACUGUACGAAACUGGGCUGGACCAACAUGUGCAUGACCAACAGCACUCAACCAUGAACAGAAUAGACUCCUUGACCAGACAACGUGGUAUGGGUGCUCAAACACCUCCGCUGACAAUGCAUUCACCAACGUCAGCUACCUCCUUUAAUGCACCUGAUAAGUGGGACCGCAAGCCUGUACUUGCCAAAGGUAGCAUGCCUAAUUUACGUGCUGCAAGCCCACCACCUAAUCAUAAUCUUCCGUCUCCAAUCAGUGGCUUUGAUUUCGGCCCAACGAUUAAGUCCGCCCAUUUGGGAGUGGAGCCAAAAUCACAAUAUGGAUUUUCGAACCCUCCUUUGAGUCCUCCAGUCAGCGAAAAUGAUGAGGCCCCACCACCAUCACAAGUCAAUGACCGCGUUAAGUCUAUGAUGAUUGGCAGUGCGCACCCUAAGUCUGGUCAACAGCAUCAUGAGAAUAGAAAUCUGGCUCACAUGAAGAACGGAAGAGAGACACCGCCACCAAGAAAUCAUUCCCCUCCGGGACCCUUCGUUCCACGACAACAACAUGGCUCACGAGUUCGAACCGACUCUAGUGCAACGCAAGAAAGCCAUUCUAAUCAAAGACAUUUCCCCCCUAAAGACCGCGCUCCCGAGCCACAAUCACCAAAACAACAACGAAUUAUAAUUCCAGGGAGCGAAACCGUUUCAGCACCAUUCAUGGGUUCUCCAAUUACUCGCUCCGUAGCAUCUCCUACUAGAUCUGAAUUUCCUACCAAGGGAGGACCGAUGGGUCGACCAUGGGGACUCCCCCAGCCUCGUAGCUUCCCAAAUCUGAAAUACCGUAAUCACAAUGAUCCACUGAUGACACCACGACCCGAUGAAUCUCAACAUCCAGCCUACCAGCCACCUACCGCAGCACCUCGAGGUCCACAACAACCACUACCUGCGCCCCCAAGUAGUCCCCCAAGAACCCUGGAGAUUAAAACUACACCACCUGAUGAUGGCGAAAGACUACCUGAAUCUCCAGCAGACUCUCCAACGCUUCCUGGCUUGAGUGGAAUGGUCCGUUCACAUUUGCGAUCUGACAGUGACAGCUCAUCCAUAUAUGGGAUAACUUCGUCGGGAUUCAAUGAACAUCCAUCUUCUGAUCCUGUCGAAGAGCCGUCUCGCGACUAUAAUGAGAGAGGAAAUCCAUGGGACAUUAAUGACUGGGAUGAAACCCCAGUAAGCCCUUUGGCUAAAUUAAACAGCGCUGUUCCGGCACCUCUCGUAGUAAAAUCAACGGAUUCGAAUGCCGAUCCUGGAUCUCCACCAAAGGCUGCAUGUUCAGCCACCCAACAGGAGCGUCAAGAGUUCAAAAAUGAACUUGCUCAACGCCGAAGGCAGGUUCAGGAAAAUCUGAAAAGCCUAGUGCUUGAGCCUGAGCGCCAGCCUGAGCGUCAGGUUGCUUCGCCUACUCCAGGAUCUGCUGUACUGCUGAAAACUAAGGCCAGCCUUGGUGCGUUGGCAAUGAAGCAGAAAGAAGCUGCUGGUCAAUCCAAAGCCAUGAAGAUGUUCGGAAUAGGCAGCAGCCCAGUCGUACAAAACGGUCCUCCCCAACCACUAAAGCAAAGAAUUGACGACAGCUCAUGGAAGGAGGAAGAAGAGGAGAUGCUUCGAAAUGUCGCUACUUCUUCAACACCUCCUCAGAUGAAGGCCUUUCGACAAGCUCGGAGAGACGCUCAACGCGAUCGUGAGCAUCAAAUAGCCAUGAGACAUCAACAGAAAGGCGACGGCAAUUUCAAUGAAAUUAAUUGGUCCAAUCCAAGACCUAGUGACCCUCGACAAGCGCAUCCUUAUGAGUCAAGACUAAUGCAGGGAAUGAAUGAUGUGUCUGGUAAUCUGGCACUACGUCAAAGAGCUCAAAGUAGAGAGAGAAAGCCCCCACCGGUAACCCAUUCCCAACGAAAUGCAAACAGGGAGAGCAAGGGUAGUAUAGGUACGAAUCAUUCCGGGUCACGACCUCCAUCCCGUACUUCUCGUGAUCGUUCAGGUUCUGAUGCCUCUGGCCGAUCUAGAAGUCGCAAUGGUAGAUACAAGGAUGAUUUAGCUAAAGCAAUGGCCGAGGGAACGGGCACGUCGAGUCAAGGGGUCGUUGAGGAUCUUCAAAAUGCUCGCCUCAUGCUCAAACCUACCGUGUCCGGUUUAUCUCUUGGUUCAUCUCCAAGUUUGUCACCUGGUGUUUCCGGUCGCCCAUCCCCACUUCCAUCCCCAGCGAUGACCUCGAGACCCAGGACUAACAGCAAACCACAGCCCUCGAGUUACUUUGAUCCACAGAGCAUGCAUGCUCUCCAGACUGGUGAUGCAUUAGAAAUUGGUCUCUCACCUAGACCAUCACCUGUCCACCCCCUUUCUCAAUCAGCGACUCCAACAACUUCUCAGGCAAAUAGCCGUAUAGCUACUCGCAAGAAGUCAGUUACCAAGUCCGAAAUCUCGGAACCAACUUUCAUAUCAUCCACUUCUCGUAUCUCAACAAUCAACCUUCCAUCUGGAUCGAGCCUUCAAAAUAGUACUGCUCCACCUAUUCCAGCAGUCAAUCCAAGAAGAAGACAGACGAGAGCCAUGUUUGAUGCGAUUAUGGGAAAAAAGGACCCUUCAGAAUACCUUGAGAAAAAUGAGAUUCCAUUGUCUUCGCAGAGUAACGAAGAAAUGAGCACCUUCUCUGAUGAAGAGGCAACACCCAGGGAUAAACACAAGCAGAGAUUAAGAAAAAGUUCUAUCGAGAGAGGCAAUCUCAAUGUUCAGGCGAGGGAAAAGGCUUAUAAUGCGCCAAGUCCGGCUAUGCCAGAUCUUUCCCCCGGACUUGGAGGUGUCAGAGGACUGACACCAGUCCAGGAUGGAAGUAUGUUCUAA